AUGCGUCAUAUUGAUUUCCGCCGAGUAUGUUUAUGGAGUGAAUCGCCCUGUUCCUGAUCAGAAUCAAUAUUUGACUACUGUGGAACCUCACAGGACACCUCAAAAUGUCCGACUUUGAUUCCAACCCUUUUGCGGAUCCAAAUGCUUCGAGUCCAUUUUCGGACCCGUCAGUACAGCAAGCUGCAGGGUCUGGAGCCCCAAGACAAGGUGCACUAGAUGACUACAACCCAUUUGCUGAAGGGGGGAAUCAGACCCGCCCUGCCAAUCAGAGCGCCGGUGUCCCUCCUCCUCGGUCUGCUACUGCCCAGCCAGCCAUUAUGACCCCAUCAGAGGACCCCCCACCUUACAGCCAAUCAUCUGCUCAAAAAGUGGACACCAGUGAGCUACAAAAACGUCAAGAGGAGUUAGAGAGGAAAGCAGCAGAGUUACAACGCAAAGAACAAGAAAUGAAAAACGCUCAAAUGGCUGGAAGGCGUGAGAACAAUUGGCCCCCGCUGCCGAAGUUCUGCCCAGUUGGGCCUUGUUUUUAUCAAGACUUCAACGUGGACAUACCCAUGGAAUUCCAGAGAAUUGUGAAAUUUACAUACUAUCUUUGGGGAUUCCAUGUAAUAGUUCUCUUCCUCAAUUUCCUGGGAAGUUUGGCCUACUUUAUAGCGAAGCCGUCUGACGGUGGGGCAACCUUUGGCCUGUCCAUCCUGUGGUUUGCUCUCUUCACACCCUGCUCCUUCAUCUGUUGGUACAGACCGCUCUACAAAGCAUUUAGGAGUGACAGCUCAUUCAACUUUUUUGUGUUUUUCUUCAUAUUUUUCUUCCAAUUUUGUGUGUAUGUGGUUCAGUGCCUGGGAAUCACUGAUUUUACAGUAGGCUGGAUUAACGGUCUAACUGUUGUAGGCUCCGAUUCUGCAGCCGGAGGCAUCAUGCUUGUAGUAGGAUUCUUAUUCACAGUGAAUGCUGCUGCCAGUAUUAUCAUACUCAUUAAGGUGCACCGCAUCUACCGCAGCACCGGCGCCAGCUUCCAGAAGGCCCAGGCUGAGUUUGCCUCUGGGGUGAUGAAGAACGAGGCAGUGCGCGGUGCGGCCUCUGAUGCUGCGGCUGGGGCAGCCCGUGGCGCAGUCUCGGGUUACGGCAGUGAAAACCGCUACUGAUCUCCUCUCUUGGCUCUCUGCUCUCCCCGCGGCACUCGCUACACACACCAAGUGGACCCCUCAACUAAAGCUUUUCAAGUGUUGUUGUAGUUGUUAUUUUUCGUUCUGCGUGUGUCGAUUUGGGAGUUACAUUGCAUUCUAAUUGCUUUCUGACCUUUUGAAGGUUGGAUUUAUCAGAGGGUUGUCAGUGAAUUCCAGGUGGAGAAGAAAAGAAGCUGGGAGUGUCAGUCGGUUCUGAACCUGAACUGGUUGGAAAUGUAACUUGCAUGUCAUGUUGUAUAUGGUCCUUACAUGGCACUCUGUUUAUGAGGAAAAUAUUGUAAUUUGAAAUGAAUAGAUCCAGAUUUGAAUAGCUGAAGGAAUGCAACAUGCAAACCCUUUAGCAAAAACAUGUUUCGAGCCCCCUUACUUCCUUAUAUGGUAUGCUGUGAGAAGCCCACUAAAGAAUUGUCUUGGGUGUUGAUAAUUCCCUCAGACCAUUUGAUAUUUGAUACUUGAUUUACAGAAGCAUCUGUCAUCAUACUGAGUUCACAUAGGUUGUGAAGUAAGGAAAUGAAGUUAAAGGGGUAUAGUUACAAUUUUGUCUGCUUAUCUAAAAUAUAACAUUGUUAUUUUUUACGUCUUGAAAAUAUAGAUGUUCUCAAUAUUAUUUAAUGUACCUUAUACAGUUUUGUUUUUUGAUCAGAUACAUAAUCUUCUGGCAACAGUGAUGGGGUUGGAGUUUUUUGUGUUUUUUGGUUUAGUUUUUGUUUGGACUGGGGAGUGGUCAGGCCAUAAACAAAAUGUUGUCUGGGUUUCUCUCCCGACGCUGUGAUAUUGAAGAAAUCUACGAACUCAUCAUCUUGAUUAACUAGGUUUUCUGGGGGCUUUUUGUUUUGUCAUAUUGAAUUUCAAAUUGAGAUUGUGUUGAGGUUGAAGGGUUUCUUGCCACUGUCUUGCUCUCUCAUCACACACGCAACACAUAAAACAAUUAUUUUGAUAUUUAAAGUGUACAUUUCAAGGUUUUCACCUCUGCGUCACCUGGCGUAUUCAUCAGGAGGGAAAAAAUUUCAAAAUGAUUUCAGUGAAACCAGUACACAUAUAUUACAAUCAUAGAUGCUUCCAAAGCUAUACAUUCAAUCUAUCAUUAUAAAUUUCAUGUAAAUUUCUGAUCUUUUUAGGCACAAUGCAUUCCUUUAAUUUUGAUCUUCUGUCUGAACUCUAUGUGGUUGUUGCUAAUGUCGUAGCAUGAGGGAUCAGGAACAAGAUGUUUAGACCCUUACCGGUCUUCAAGCUUGUCGACUACAGUCUGUGUGAAGACUUCCUGUAAAUCUGUGUUAAUGAAAUUUGUUUUUACAAAUAGGAUUUUUCGAAUUCGGUUUCUUUCUCCUGCACUUCACUUUGUUUUCUACGUUGGUUCAGAUGAUAUUUUUUUUUCAUAUAAAGCAUUUAUUUAGUUGAUCAAAUCUGAGGUUGCUUUGGGUUAAAGUAUAACUGAUGAAAGGGCUAGAGAAAAAUAGGCUUUUCAGUUUGUUGGGUUCCUGUGUUAUGGCACAGCUUUAUGUCAGCACUGAUCGACUCUUGGUUUAAAAAACUAAAGAGAGAACCAAAGAUCCUUUCGGAAAGGUCAGAAGCUCAAAAUGAACACGAGCAUUGUGAAAUACUGUUUAUGGUUCAAACUAAUUGUGAUUGUAAACGUUCUUGAGUUCUCUCUUCAAGAGAGUAAUAUGCCUGGCUGUCAGUGUAAAUAUAUAUAGGUCAAAUGUAUUAUAAAGCAAGCUUCUCUGUUUUAUUUCCUCAAAUAAAUAUUUUUGUACAGGAGGUCACUUUACUUGCUGUGUGCAAGUUCUGAUCAUGAGAGAUUCUUUUAUGUUAUACUGUGUUUUCAGACUGAUUUAUAGUAUAGUUUUUACUUUCUUGACAUGAGGGGAUGAUUAUCCAGUUGAGGCUGGCCGGGAUCAUUACAACUGAUAAUUAUGUCUCGUGUGGUUCAUGAAUGCUGUAUCGUCUAUUUGUGUGACUAUUCUCGUAUUUAUCAACAUUUGAUUCUUGAAGUGUUUUGGGUUUGUUUUUGUUUUUUGUUUUUUUAAUCGACACUUUUCAGUUAUGGGACUAUGUGAAAGCUACGAGGAUGCAGUUUGCACCCAUCAUAUAUUGUGAAAACCAUUCAAGCAUUGACUUCAGUGGAAUGAAAGAAAAAACUUGGAAGAUUAAUUGUAGGAGUCAUGUUGUGUUCAGUGAGGGAAGUGAUUCACACAUUAUAUCAAGUGGACCAUUUUGUGUGUGCUACAUUAUCUAAAAGGGGCUGUACAUGGCUUUUUUUGUGUGUGCUAGAAAUAGACAUGCUUUUGUGUUUUUUUGUGUGUUUUUUCACCAAAUCGCAAAUUCCUCUCUUUGAGAGAUUUGUAUUCUAAAGACAUUCAGUGUUUUGGAAUUGAUGCAUAUUUUUCAAAAUAAUGUCUUUCUUGAAAGUAAUAUGUAAUUCCUGAUUUACCUAACGUGACCCUCUCAAGUUUGAUAUUGCCAUUUAUUCACACACUCUGGAAGUUGUGAAAAGAGACACAAAAUCAAGACAUUAAAAAGCAGUAUUUUCUUCUGAACAAAUUUAUUCUGUUAUGUCCACUUUUGAUGAUUUGAUAGCUUAUCUGAUUCCAUUGAGGUGGAUGUUUUGGAACAUUUAGUGGCUUUUUCUCCUUUAAGACCUGAAAAAUUUCUGUUUUAAGUUUCUAAAGAGGUGAACUAUAAAAAAUAUGAGUUCAGUCAUAAAUCUCAUCCAUCAUGUACUGCACCCUAUAUGUAUUAUUUUUGACAAACAGUUUUAAGGCUCAAGGAAGGCGAGAAGAAGAGUAAAAGAUGCUAUAUCCUGACCCAUUAUCACUUCUGAUAUGUCCUUCAGAUUCUCAGUCAUUCCAAUCACCAGUGUAAGAAUUAUCAUAACAUAUGUUUGUUUCUUUUUUAUUCUUAGUGUUUUUAUUAUUUUUUAACGUCACUUUCUGGUUUUGUAUGUUAUUGAUGACCGUCAUGUCUUAUGCUGAUUGUAAUAUUUUAUUUGAGUGAUGCAUUGUCUAGCGUAAGUGCUUCUUAUGAUUGAUAUCUGUUGUGAAAUGCUCUCACUCCUGUUACGGGCGGUAGGCAGGCUUCUCUGAUAGUGAUAGGUCCUACUUCUGUGGUGUUCCUCUGUUCCUGCUUUGCUUUUCCCUAGCGCUGAAUGGCCAUUAUCGUCUCAGCUUGCUUCUCUUUAAAGUUAGCUAAAACAGACAUUAUUGAUAUAGAUUGCAAUUUACUUUCCAAAUGAUUUAAGAAAAAGUGAGCAAGAAAGAAAAAUUAACUUUUUGGUUGUGAAAUUACUGAAACACAAUCAUUUUUCUCACUUUCUGCAAGCUUUGCUUACAAUAAGAUCUCUGGAGACAAGUAUAACUAGUAUAAGAAGUAGUAACAACCACCUCAUCUAGUUAAGUAUUUUUAGGUGCUGGUACAACAUACAAAGAGUGAUUACAGAAGAAACUCAGGAGGGGUUUGGCUUGGGGGGGGGUGGGGUUUGUUUUGGUUGGGGGGUUUUUACAGUACAUGUAUUGAGUUCUGACUGAGCAGUUUUCUCAAAUGGUCUUCACUGCUGGGUUGUUGUUUUUUUUAAAUUCUUGUUUCAAUCAUAUUUUUGUUAGUGCACUGUUAAAUCAUGAAGCCUGCACAAAAGGAAAGUGUGUGAAGAGAAUUUUUCCCCUGUGCAUUGUCAGUCUUAUGUGUAAUCAACAUUUUCAUUUGGCUUUAGAUAAAUCCACACUUUUGGCAUUCUGUUUGCAAGAGAGAAUGUUCUGCUUUUGCUUUUCUCUUUGUUUUGUGAGUGAAUGAAAAGAGUUUAUCUUAUCAGAAGUUGAGGCGCUGUUAUACUAUGCUAAUGUGGGAGGUUGGGUGGACACUCUGAUAUGGUCAGCUCCUUCUUCUUCCUUAUCAAUGUUCAUUUUGUCCUCGUGUUUCCUUGUGAAAUGUGUCUGUUCUUGUUAUUAAGUCACCUGGCAAGAAACUACAAUCCAACAGCUGUACAGAUACAAAAGAAUUAGUUGAAGGUGAUGGAGAACGCUAGGCUCAGCCAAAGGAUCGUGUUUUCAGUGAGCAGGAAAACCGUUGUGGUUAGUUAAGGCAGAAAGGCAGUCUGUUCCACUAACUGGAAUUUUGUUGCUUGUUUUGCCUGGUCAAGGUUGUUAUGUGUCUUGUUCUGUGAGUGAGUGCAUUUGGGAAGAAUUGUAUCGAACCCAGCAGUUUGAAGGAGGCUUGACAGCAUCCUCUGCAUUUGCCAACUACAUGCAUCUUGUAUUAAGGUUGGGUCUAAAAACUAAGAAUUUUUCCCUUUUUAUUUUUUAUGAAAGAUAUUACCAUUUUUUCCACAACAGUAGUGUUGCCUGCUGUUUGGUAUUAUAAUUAUAUCCUCACAUGUGAUCUGGAGAUUCCAAAUUGUUCCCACUUUGAAUUGUCAAAUAUCAAAAAUGAAACCUUGUCCUUUCCUGUAAGGGGUAGUAUAUCUUAUUACUUGGGGAAGAUUUCUAUCUCUGCAUCCACCAAGGUGAUUCAGUGGUGUCCACUAAAAGCAAAAAUAAGUUCUUGUUGAAGUUUCUUGUGAAUCGUAUCUAUACAUUUUCUGUUAAUUGGAAAUAAUGAUCAGUCAGCUUUGUCUCUGGUUACUUACAAGUACAAGGCUGGAAGGUGAAACUGUAAUUAAAUGGAUUUGUUUCCAUCGAUCGAUUUGGUAAGUUCAAGGAGCACAGUGACAGUAUUCUGGGUUAAUGUUCAUCGAUAUUGACAUCCUAAAACAGGUGUGGGUGUUUACUUGUCUUUUACAGCCAUUUUGUGUGUCCGGAUGUCUGUUUCCAUUUAACUACUAAAUUUAAAUGUGGGGAGUAGGAGUAAUUUUUUUUUUUCUGCUUGGUAAUUGGUAGCAGUCGUAAUUUAUAACCAAAGCAUGUAUAAAAUUGUCAUUUAAAUAGCAGUUAGCUUUACAAAUUGUGCUGCCAGUUUUUUUGUCAUUGAUUUGAAAAAAAAUCAAUCUCCCUUUUGAUUUCCCCUUCAAUGUCGCUGUAUGUGAGUAGUUCAAUUUCAUAGUGUUUAUUAAGAAUUUUUAUAAUGGAUCUGGUACUUUAUUGGAAAUACUUGUGGACUCUGUAGACUAAUUGAGCUCCCAUUGUAAGUAGUAGAAGUGGAUAUUGUUGGUCAUUUUGAAUGUGUGCUGUACCGUGAAUGUCCCACAGGCAUGGAUCUGUGAUUUUUGUUCUAAAUUAUUCUUGUGGUUGGAAACACUGGUCAUUAAAUGCCCCUUGUAAAAAUGUC